AUGCCCAGAAAUGCUGUUCAAAUUGUUGUCGAUGGUAUGGAAACAGUAUUUUCAGAAGAUAUUGAAAGUCCAUUAAUCAAUUUUAAAACUGAACAUAAAAGGUUUUCGUAUUUUAAUAAGCAAGGUUCUUUUAUAGAACCAAAAGAAAUGGUUAUAGGUCAAAGACUCAAUAAAGUUGUUAAAAGUGGUAUAUCCAUUCUAGAACCUUCUACCUGUACACAACAAUUUAUACCUCUACGAAAUGUUCUUAAAAAUUUUGUUUCAUUACAAAAUGUGCUUUCUGAAACAUUAGACCAUAUGAAAACUUUAAAAUCAGAUAAUAAAAUUAUUCAAAACUUUAUUCAAGGCACAUAUUGGCAAAGUAGAGCUGUUAGUCAUGGGGAAAGUGUUGUCUUUCCACUUUUUAUUUUUUUUGACGAUUUUGAGAGUGGCAAUGCCCUUGGCAGUCAUUCUGGAAUACAUAAAUUAGGAGGAGUUUACGUUUCAGUACCAUGUCUCCCUUCUUAUCGUUCUACAGUAUUAUCUAAUAUUUUUCUGGCCUUAAUUUUUCAUUCUUCCGACAGAGUUGAAUUUGGAAAUAGGAUUAUUUUUCAGCCACUAAUCGAUGAAUUAAAUUUUUUACAAGAAACUGGUAUUGAAAUAAGUACACCUGAUUAUGAAGGUAAAUUGUAUUUUGAGUUGGGCCUUAUUUUAGGUGACAACCUAGGACUGCAUUCCAUCACAGGUUUUACUGAGAGUUUCUCCUCCAACUUUCCCUGUAGAAUUUGUACUGUCAGAAAAGAACAUAUGUGGGUUCAAUGCUAUGAAGAUAAAAGUUUAUUGAGACAUACUGAGCAGUAUUAUGCUCAAUUAUCACAUAAUGAUGUGUCUGCUACUGGUGAGUAG